GGAGCGAGAGAGUAUAAUUUUGAUUAUACAAAUAUUAUUUCCACUAAUUGAAAGUAGCAUAAAUAAGCAACUUGUGGUGAUUGAGCAGCGCCAUAACCCACCAGAAACAUGGAAGGCAGCAACAUCACUCAAAGUCAAACCACCAAUGUUCCGUCGCUGAACACAGCUGAACCUCUACCUAAUAUACCUUUCAACCGCAUCUUCGCCGCAGCGUAUUUAUUUGCUCUUCUCGCAUUCUUUUACCACCAUGCACAAACACUCUACUACGCCACAACCUUUGCUUCUAUCUGCAUAACCCUCCUCUUGAUUUCCUCCGAUCUUGUUCUCGCUUUCAUGUGGGCUACUGCUCAAGCUUCGCGUCUAAAUCCAAUCAAACGCAAAGAAUUUCCUGAGAAUCUAAAUUCGGUGAUCGAAAGAAGCGAUUAUCCAGCUCUAGAUGUGUUUAUUUGCACUGCGGAUCACACCAAAGAACCACCGAUGAGUGUGGUGAACACAGCUUUAUCGGUUAUGGCUUAUGAUUAUCCGGCGGAGAAGAUUUCGGUUUAUGUAUCGGAUGACGGUGGCUCUGCACUCACUCUUUUUGCUUUCACGGAGGCUGCUAAGUUUGCCGCCCACUGGCUACCGUUCUGCAGGGAGAAUAACGUUAUGGAGAGAAGCCCUGAAGCAUAUUUUGAAUCAAAUUAUCCUAUUGAUUCUUCUUCUUCUGCAACACACCAGAUUGAGAAGAUUAAGAUACUAUAUGAAAGCAUGAAAAUGAGAGUAGAACAUGUUGUGGAGAGAGGGGAAGUUGGAGAUGAGUACAUCAAUUGUGGCAUUGAACGUCAGGCUUUGAACCAGUGGACCCAUAAAUUCACUCGUCAAGAUCAUCCUACUAUUAUUCAGAUUUUGUUAGAAAGUAAGAGGAGCAAGGACGUAAGUGGACAUUUCAUGCCUAAUCUUAUUUAUGUUUCUAGACAAAAAAGUAAGAAUUCUCAUCAUCACUUCAAGGCAGGCGCCCUCAACGUCCUGGUAAGAGUAUCGGCAGUUAUGAGCAAUGCACCCAUAGUGCUGACUUUAGACUGCGACAUGCGUUCUAACGAUCCACAAACUCUUUUUAGGGUUCUAUGUUACUAUUGGGAUCCUGAAAUACGAAAUAAAUAUGCAUACAUACAAUUUCCUCAACAUUUUGAAGGGAUCAACAAAAAUGAUAUUUAUGCUGUUCAAUUCAAGCGCCUGUUUUUAAUUCAAGCCAUGGGUUUAGAUGGGAUAAAAGGUCCCAAUUAUGUCGGAACCGGAUGCUUCUUUUCUCGAAAAGCUUUUUCGGGUGGACCGUCGAAUUUCGCGUUGCCUGAAGUUGAUGAGUUGACAUCAGUUUAUGCCGUAGACAAGCCUAUAGGGUCACAAGAAGUCUUGGCAUUGGCUCAUAAUGUGGCCGGUUGCAAUUAUGAGAACCACACUUCAUGGGGAUCUAAGGUUGGGUUUAGAUAUGGGUCAUUGGUUGAAGACCUGUUUACAGGUUAUCGGCUACAUUGUGAUGGGUGGAGCUCCAUAUUUUGCAACCCAAAAAGAGCAGCGUUUUUGGGAACUGCACCAAUGAGCUUCACUGAUUUGUUAACGCAACAAAAGCGUUGGGCCGUAGGUGUUCUUGAAAUUGGAUUCUCAAAAUACAGCCCAAUAAUUUAUGGCAUCAAAUAUUUGAACCCGCUCAUGACCCUCAUUUAUUCACAGUAUGCACUUUGGGCCAUUUGGGCUUUUCCGAUCACCAUUUAUGCAUUUCUUCCCCAACUCGCGAUCCUCAAUGGAGCUUCUAUACUUCCAAACGUUUCUGAACCAUGGUUUGGCUUGUAUCCAUUUCUUUUCCUCGGAGCAUACGGGCAGGAUCUUCUAGACUUUAUCACGGCCGGAGAAGGAACAUUCCAAAUGUGGUGGAACGAUCUAAGAAUAUGGGCAAUAAGAGGCAUUACAUGUUUAUUAUUUGGAUCUAUUGAAUUCUUUUUGAAAUCCUUAGGCAUCACAGCACUAGGUUUUAAUGUGACAAGCAAAGUAGUAGAUGAUGAGCAAACUAAAAGAUACGAGCAAGGUUUGUUCGAUUUCGGAGUUCCAUUACCGAUGUUCGUGACAUUAUCAAUGGCGGCGAUGAUCAACUUAGUAUCGUUCGUUUGGGGACUAACACAAGUUUUUAUCAAUGGGACAAAUUAUGAUGGAUUAGCUAUUCAAAUGUUCAUUGCAGGAUAUGGUACGGUGAUGAGUUGGCCAAUCUAUGAAGCUAUGGUGUUAAGAAAUGAUCAAGGAAAAAUGCCGGUUAGGAUUACUAUUACUGCAGCAUUUCUAACUUUGGCUCUUUGUUUAGUAGUUUCUUUCAUUUUCUAGUAAGUUUUUGUUUGUUGAAUAUACAUCUUUUUUAUGGUUAUGUUGUCAAUUGUUGCAAAUAAUGAAUACAAUUUUGUGUCGGUCCUCAUAUUACUUAUAUGAAUCAAAUUUAGUCUA